UGGAAACACACGAUUUGUUUGUUUGUUUGUCCAAUUGGAAGGAACCAUGUAUACAUAUUGUAGAAAAAAAAGAAAAAGAAAAAGAAAAGAAAGGAAAAAGAGAAAGCCUCCAAAAAAAGAGCUGAAAGCGGAAAUAUUGAGGAUUUAUAGAAGCAGCAGAAGUAAUGACUAAUGAAGGAGGAGAAGGGAGAACCACCAGUGCGACUGUUGAAAGAGACGGAGGGGGUUGAGUGUGACAACCCGAUGAUGACGAAAGCAGCAUCUCCCCCCUGAGCCCACGUGGCGCCCAACCAUGGAGGCGGUGGACAUAGGCCAUUGACUUCUACUUCUUCUCCAUUAAGCUUCGAAUCUCACCUGAGACCUCAUUGUGUGUGCGCGCGCGCGUUACCUGUAUAAUACGAUUCCCCAUCCAAUCCCUUUCCCCAAACUUCAAGUCAUCAUCUUUCUCCUGUGUCUGUGUGUGAUUAAUUAAAUGUCCGAUGCUCUUCCGGCGAGGUUCCACAUGGCGGCGUUUCCCUUCCGACGCUCUCCUACUCACCAUCCCUGUUUCACUCCUCUCCCUCCCUCCCGCCAUUUUUCGUCUUCCACCAAGUUACGGUGGCGCAUACCAGAGCAGCAGUGGCAGAAGGCAAGUGGCCUGCUGGUUGAAAGCAAAAGAAAGGGUGCUAUUUCAUGGGUAGUCAGAUCCGUCUUAAAUGAUAACAUGCCAAGUAUCAAUGGCAAAGGAGAAACUGAACCAACUAGAAUUCUUCUGGAGAGGCUCUUUUCCCAGACACAGAAACUGGAGGAACAGAUAGGUAAAGAUCCUGACAUUCCUGAAGUUGCUGAGAUCAGGUUGAGCCUAGAGAAGCUUGAAGCCGAUUUUCUUGCUGCUUUUUCAGCAUUGAAGAAGAAGGAAUAUGAUUUGCAGGAGGCGGAAAGGAAGGUCAGGUUGGAGUAUGAGGAAUUGAACCUUGCAAAGGAGGAGAUGGCGCAGCUAGAGAAAGAGAUAGCAUGUGCGAAUUCGAGGCGGGAAGAACUGGAAGAGGAGCUGAUGAAGGCGAAUCUUGGCUUAGCUUCUCAAGUCCUGGUAAUUGAUGAUCUAAAGCAGUGCCUAACAGAAAGAGAUAAAGCAAUCGUAGCUGCUAAACGCGCACUUUCACUGAAAGGAGAUGAAAUAGAAAGAAUGAGUCAGGAUUUGAGUAAGAAGAGUGAGGAAGCUGCCAGUGCUGAAUUAGAACUCAGGUCAAAAGUAAAGCUCUUAGAUGCAGCAAAUGAGAUUGUAAGGAGACAAGAGGAUGAAAUUCAUGAACUCCAGAGAAUGAUUCAAGAGAAAGAGGAAGGAAUAGAAGUUUCUAAGAUCCGGCAGAAAGCCGAACUGGACAAGCUGAGAAUUGCUGAGUCGAACUUGAAGAAACGAACGGCAGAUUGGCUUACAGCUCGACAAGAACUGAAGAAGCUGGAGGAGGAGAUGUCAAAGCAUACUGGAGAAGCAAAUGAUACGCUGAAGGACUUCGAGAGAGUUAAGGCGCUACUUGCGGAAGUUAGAUCCAAGUUAGUAUUAUCUCAGAAAUCAUUUGCUUUGUCUCGGCAAAAAGUAGAAGAGCAAGAGCAGCUUUUAGAGAAGCAGCUCGAGGAACUCAAGGAACAAAUGGAAAGUGUUCAAUCAUACACGAUCACUCUGGAAGAUGCCAAGAUGGAAAUUGAAAAUGAGAGAGUUAAGAUGAGGGUUAUUGAGGCUCGAAACAAGGAGCUUGAAAGGGAGUUAUUGAUGGAGAAAGAGGUCAUUGCAGAGUUACAGAAGGAUUUGAACAAACAGAGAGAAUCUCUGGAAAGGGCAUUUCAGGAAAUCUCAUCUCUCAACCAAGUAUUAGUCCUUAAAAAUGCAGAAUUUGAAGAAAUGGAGAAUCGGCUUCAGGUCAAGGAUGCUGAAUUAGUAGACGCCAGAUUGGAGAUCCAACAUUUAAUAUCUGAGCGUGCUUCUUUUCAAGGUUUGUUGGAGAAAAAGGAUACGGAAGUCUCUAACGCGGAGGAAGUUUUGGCAGCUGUAAAUCGAGAGAUUAUUGAGCUAAAUAUACUGAUGAAACACAGGGAGGAUCAGCUUAUCGAAGCAACCACUGCACUACAAGAGAAAGAGAUAAAUGUUCAAGCAUUAAAGCACGAGGUUGAUGAUAAUAAGCACAAGUUUUCUGAAGCUGAAUCAGUUGUGGAGAAGAUUGUUGAGCUGACACAACAUUUGGCGCUUUCGGCUGGAGAUUUUGAAGGUUUUCAUGGGACGAGCUUGCUUGAGGAAGCCAAUAAUUGCGAACCAGCUGGUGAUAACUUAAGCUGGCAGAGAACACGGCUCGAAACAGAACUUCAACUUACUAAAGAAACCCUAAGAAUGAAAGAGAUGGAAGUUCUUGCUUCGCAAAGGGCUCUGACAAUCAAAGAAGAAAAGCUCAAACUGGUUUCAAGAAAGUUGGACAACAAAGAGAUGGAAUGGAUUAAAAUGAAGGAAGAAAUGAUUCGAGAAAGCGCAGAACUCAGGCAGCUCUAUGCUUUGGCGCAAGAAAGGAUAGGUGAAAAGAGUAUUGGAGACUUGGCGAUUGAGAAACUCGAGUUAGAGGCAGCUCAGCUGGAAGUUGAGGCUGCAACUAAUGCCCUCCAGAAACUUGCUCAGAUGAGUAAAGAUCUUCUAAAUAUGGUGACUUUAAGUACCAAUUCAGAUGUUGAUAUCAGCAUCCUACUACCUCAAAGCGGCCUUAAAAAUCCGUUACACUUAGAUGAGAGCCACGGUGUUACUGAAUUUAGAACUGAAGUAGCAAAGCUCUUAGCUUUGACUGAACAGCUCGUUAUAGAGGCUGGCACAAAACAAGUGGAGAGGUGACCUAGGGCAGUGGUUAACCUUUUGUUUUAGUUUGUGGAUUAACCAUGUGUAGAUUAGCUGUAAUCUAUCUAACCAGUUGGUUUUGUUGUCAUACUUGACAUAGGGGUGAUUCUUGUCUUUUGUUCAUUCAAAGUUUCUGCCUUGUAUAACGAUGUAAAAAGAAGCCAUUUGAUUUUGUUUCAGUAAGGGAGUACGGCCAUGAUUAAGGGAAUCCCUUAUGCAUUGCCACUUAUUCUUUUGUCUGACUGGCUCAGUAAUCAGACUAGGAAAACCGAGUUUUUGUUCUUUUC